GACGGACGGACAGGCUGACUGACAGGGCCUCGGCCUCCUCCUCCCCCCCCCUCCCGCCCGGCGGCUCUGCAGGACGGCGGUCGCUGUAGGUGAAAGGCUACAUGUUCACUUUUAGUGAAACGGAGCAUGUUCCCAAACUCCUCCAACUUGGGUCGUCCACCCUUCCCUUUGAAGAACCAGCAGCACGAUAACUUCUUCAGCAAGCUUCCUUUGCACCUGUCCCCAACUCUUCCCUCUCACCAGCAGAUUCUGGGGGCUCAGUCCAAUUUUCAGAAUGCCGACCUGUCCAGAGCUCCCUUGAGUGGGAACCUCUCACCAGUCCCGCCUGGGCCAUCCCAGCCUCUGUUAGCCUUUGGAAAUGGCAGUCCAAUACGUUCAUCAGUUUCACCAACAUUCCGCGGAAGGAAGCGACUGAGCAGCGAACAAAACGUCCCGUACGGCGUGAAGCGGCAGCGGUUCCAUUCCCCUCACCUUGAGUCAACCGUAGUUCACCCGACAGUGCCUUUAAGAGACGAACGCAGAUAUUCCGUCCCGGGAGCCAUCACGCCCUCGUUGUUUCCUACACACUAUAUACCAGAUUUAGUCAGAUGUGUUCCGCCCUUGCAGGAGACUUCAUUUUUAGAACCGAGAGAAAUCACACUUCCUGUGGCCAAAGAUAAGUUGAGUCAGCAGGUAUUGGAUUUAUUCCAAGAAUGUCAGCAGCAAACGUGCGACCUGAAGAAGAAAGAACUCUGCCGAACAGAACUACAGCGAGAAAUUCAGCGAAUUUAUCCACAGAGCAGACUCUUUUUGGUCGGCUCCUCGCUAAACGGAUUUGGUACCCGCAGCAGUGAUGGCGACCUGUGCCUCGUUGUUACCGAGGAACCAGUAAAUCAGAAGACAGAAGCAAGAUAUAUUCUCAGCUUAGUCCAAAACCACUUCUCUACUAGACUUUCAAGCUACAUUGAGAGACCUCAGCUAAUUCGAGCAAAAGUGCCAAUAGUGAAGUUCAGGGAUAAAGUCAGCUGUGUGGAAUUUGACUUGAAUGUAAACAAUGUUGUAGGAAUAAGAAAUACAUUCCUUCUCAGAACCUAUGCAUACCUUGAGAAUCGAGUGCGUCCCCUAGUACUGGUGGUUAAGAAGUGGGCGAGUCACCAUGACAUCAAUGAUGCCAGUCGGGGUACUUUAAACAGCUACAGUCUUGUACUGAUGGUUUUGCACUAUUUACAAACCCUACCUGAGCCCAUCCUUCCAUCCCUCCAAAAAAAAUAUCCAAAUUCCUUCAGCCCGUCUAUGCAGCUGCACCAUGUACACCAAGCUUCGUGCACCAUCCCUCCUUACCUCUCAAAGAACGGAGCAACCCUCGGUGACCUCUUACUGGGCUUCCUGAAAUACUACGCCACCGAGUUUGACUGGAACAGCCAGAUGAUUUCAGUUCGUGAAGCCAAAGCCAUUCCAAGACCUAAUGGGAUUGAAUGGAGGAACAAGUUCAUCUGUGUAGAAGAACCUUUUGAUGGAACAAAUACAGCCAGAGCUGUGCAUGAAAAGCAGAAGUUUGACACGAUUAAAGAUGAAUUUCUUAAGUCAUGGCACAGAUUGCAGAACAUGAGAGACUUGAACAGCAUCUUACCCUUAAGAGCGACUGUACAGAAAAGAUAACUGGCUUCUCCUUCCUUCUGACAAAUAAAGGACAAUAGUUACCACCAUCACCCGGCAUUUUAUUUCCCCCGGUUAGUUUCUUUUUAAUGAAAUGCCUUCUUCAGGUUUUGUUAAAAGUGAAAUCUUGUAUGACCGAUCACAUUUUAUCAUUGUAACAUUUGCUAAUAAUACUAUCCCGUGUUCAGAAAUGCGUUUUUUUGGACAAAUGUUUGUACCACUGACUUGUUGAAGGAAGGAUAAUCAGGCAUGAGAUCAAAUAUAUUUAAGAAGAUUCACCAGAGUGAAUGCAAGGUUAUCUGGAUGAUGGAAAAUGACAAUUGUACUGUCAGAUGUUUAUUUAACACUGAAGAAAUGGAGCUCUGAUCCUGCAUUCCCACCAGUGGCAUACGACGCAUGUUUCAUCUUCCAGGGCAGCGCUAAUAAAGAGAAUUGGAGAAGGGAGGAAGACCCAGAAAAUUGAGGCCAACGGAAAUCGAUCGUAGUUUCUUCCGGACUAUGUUUUCCGGGUGACUUUCUCCCACCUCCGUUUGGUUCAUGUUUCUGCCCCGGGGGUUUCAGAAGCUUCAUGCUUCAGCUCUACUACUGAAGUUGUGUUUUGUUUAUUUGAUUUUCACGCAGUGAAACGAAGGCAGGUUUUACCCUCCCACGCGUGCAAACAGGUGUAUAAAAUGGGUCGAUUCUUCAGCGGAAUCUGCUUGGCGUAGACCUGGCCCCCGAAAAACAUCACCUGUGCUGUGCUUAAUCCAAAAGGGCACUUUUCCUUUACUUGGCUCACUCCGGCAUUUUUCUCCCCCGUAGCCAAGUCGAGAUUAUAUCCUAAACUAUCAACCGGCUUCUGAAUUCCAAAAUACAGGAAUCAUCAUCAUUUAGAUUGGUUACUUUUUCUUUUUUAGAUAGCAAGAUACCACACACUUUUAAAUAGCCCAGUGUAAAUCCCGAGUAUGUAAGGCUUAAUGAUCAGAUCAUGUAACAUUUUAAAAAAAAAAUUUUCUUUCCAGAUGAAGAAAGUAGUAGUGGCUGCUCAAAUAGCUGCUAAAAUAAACCAAGUUGGUUUCAUUUCUCUGUAAAUAUUGUAAAUUGGUCCGCUACUGUAAAUCGAAAUAUUAAAAAAAAAAAAACUUGAAAAAUUUUAACUUUUCCAAAAAAAGGACUGUGUGAACCUUCUUUUAGACCUGCUGUAGCGCAGUUUGUGCCUCUAACGUAUUUAUCGCAGACCAAUUCAUGUUCAGAUCACUGCAUUUCGUUGAUUUCAGAAAGGUGCAUAUUUUCAUUUUUCUCCUAAAUUUAUUUUGUAUGGUGUCGAGAGGAAUAAAGUUUGUG